GUUGUUUUUCUCGUUGCGAAUGCGUAAUAUAUUUUGAUACAUUAUACAUUACAUAAGUUUUUGGAGCGUGUCACAAAUUCUCAGUACCUAAACAAAUAGCAGUCGGAUUCAGAAUACUCAGAAUUUUCGAUACAUUACUUCCAAAUUGACAGGUGACGACAAGGUCAAGUGACAAGCAAUCAAGAUCCAUCACUAUCGUUUCGCCCCCAUUCCGAUCUUUAAUUAAAACAAAAUGUCGAUCCGACGAACAAUGUCCACAACGGCGAGUAAAGAGUGGAGGGACUACUUUAUGAGCACCCAUUUCUGGGGUCCAGUAGCCAAUUGGGGCAUCCCGGUGGCCGCUCUCGCCGAUACGCAAAAAAGUCCCAAGUUCAUCUCUGGAAAAAUGACUUUAGCUCUAACACUCUAUUCGUGCAUCUUCAUGCGCUUUGCCUACAAGGUUCAACCUCGCAAUUGGUUACUCUUUGCCUGCCAUGCCACGAAUGCCACGGCCCAAACUAUCCAGGGUCUACGCUUUCUCAACUAUCACUAUGGCCAAGAGAAGGAAAAGACGGUCUAAACGAUGUCACAAAGCUCAAACUCCACCCCAUCCCCUUUUUUCUUCCGCAACAUUUAAUGGGACUUAAUAUCAACAACAACGUGUGGGCCUAAUCAAAUGUUUACCCAAUUGUGUCAGUUAUUCUGACUCGGACACGCAACAUGCAUAUACUUUUAACCCAUUGUUGGCUGAAUCUCAACACUCGAUACAAUGGACAUAUCAAAAAUGCACAAACAAUUCCAAUUAAUCGAGGGUAGACGAGCCAAGGCUGAUGCGCGGAAUGGUGGAUGGGUGUUGGAGUAAUCCAAGACCAAGUUCAAGCGGAUGAGUCUAGAGAAACCAUCAAAAAUGGUUUUGGUUUAGCUAAAUCAAUGUAUAUAAAUCUAUAUCGUAAUUCUCCAAGUAAAUAUCAUCAUUUGGCAGUCGAUCAAAAUUUCUAAAUUGGUGCAAAAAUAUAUAAGACAAAUCUACUUAGCGAA